GUUAUAAGUAGACACCGCUGUGCUGUGCCGAUAAGUGGGUCAUAGCACGGAAAACCCUGACUAGAGGAAUGGAAAAGGAGGUGAAUCCCAACCAUGACUCAAACAGAAAGUAAAAGUAAAGUGCUUUAUAAAAGCAUGCUGAUAGUUACCCGUGUCAGUACAAAGCUUGUAAAGAUGGGGCUGGUGUUUUCUUAUUUCUACGCUGAGGUAAGAGAACUCUGAGAAUGGGAAUUCCAAGUCAUAAUCCUGAGGAUUCUGUGAUUAAUUCAGAACUGAAACCCUCUCAAAAUGGAUUCAUUGAUCAGCAUGGGCUUUCUGAUCCAGAAGGGAUGGAGCCUGAGAGGAGGGAUGGAGACAGCUGCGAGACGAACGUCGGUCCGAGCUGUGUUUCCAGACGGUCACCAGAGACAGGAAGUGAGACUGAAAGAGGUACCCCUCCUGACAGAAUGUCCUUCACAACCACAGUGGCCACUGAGCAUCUGGAGGGUGCAGAAAGGAUAAACAUUUGGGUGAAGUGUUCGGGGAAAUCUGAGGAGAUUCACGUCUUCCCUCUGGAGAGAGUCUCUGUGCUAUUGGAGGACAGCUGCCAGAAACUGGGAAAGAACCCAAAGAAAAUGAUGCUGAUUUACAAUGGAGAAAAGAUGGACAAGGAGAAGACGGUGCAAGAGUACAGCCUGAGGGGAUGGGUGACUGUCCAUCUGAUUCCGUCUGCCUAAAUUUGCCAGGGUUCACGUCAUGUGACCUGCUGCUGCUCUUCUUCUGUUGCCACCCCUCCCUCCCUCCACCAUUUUGUUCGGGGGGGGGGGGGGGUUCAUUUCCGUUCUGGCAGUCUCUGACGAUAAUUAGUAGCUGGUGGGUGCCUGCCUUUUUGCCAAGAGUAAGUAAUGUAAUGGUAAUUGCAACUCAUACUCAACUCUGACAACAUGGCCAAGGCUGUGUAUCAAACAUCAAACCUGGGAUCACAGUAAGACCUUACAGAACUUUUCCUAUUGAACAAGGCAGCUGAGAGCUUUCUUUUUUCAGUAUAGGAAGGAUUGUGAUGGUCCAGCUGGAUUAAGAGGGCACACUAAUAAAUCAGAGUGCGGAGUGGGGCAUUCCACAGGACAGCAGAGUUUCUACGAAUAACACGUUUCAUGUAGCUGCUGUACAAAACGGUUUUGCUGAAAAUGUGAAUGUACAUUGAGGGCCAUCUCCUGGGUACUACAUUUUCAAACUUACUGUAAUAUAUACCACACCCUAACAGCAAAAAUGCUUUGCUGUAUGUAACAUAUUGCAACUAAGAUAUUAGCCAGAUAAAAACCCUUUUAUAAGCAUAUUUAACCAUCUUUAAGCUGCUUCAUCUUGUAGGCCUAUAGUGCAUGUUCUGCCUAUUCAUAAGCAGGUAGCUUGUGGUUAACAAUGGUAUAUUUUAUUUUUAAAUUAAAUGUGUGGAAAUAUGCUUUCUAACAAUUUGGCUUUCUUAAUACUCAGCAAAUGACAAUAUUGUUCCCUGUACUGUAUGGUUAAACACAACUAAACUAGCUAGUCUUGUAACAGCCAUUAAACAAAUACACCUUCCAAUCUACAUCAGUCUGUUUGGGAGUGGACUAUCUAGGCUACACUUCAUAGCUAGCCUAUAUACCGUAAAGUGAGUAUUUAUUAUUAUUAUUAUUAUUAUUAUUAUUAUUAUUAUUAUUAUUAUUAUUAUUAUUAUUAUUAUUAUUAGUAUAGAAUAUAUAAUAAUACUAUAUAUUCUAUAUGAAAAAUAAAAACGUAUUAUGAUCUUGUAUGCCAAUAGAACUACAACUGUGCCAUUGUGCCAAGGAAACUAUAAAGUUCAUUACCAUCAAGUAUAACAUUUGUUUUUUUUCAUCACCAAGUAUUGUGAUUUAAAAAAAGAAUGCAUUCACUCAGAACAUCAAGUAGCUCUCAAUAUGAUGUCAUCACAUUGUUAUUGUUUUAGUCAUAAGACAGUAUAAGAAAAACACUAGUCAUACUUGUGUAUCCAUCUGUUUGAACUUAUUCUUUUACAUUUGAUGUGUCAUUUUAGCCACAAGAUGGUGGUAUAAACCUGCUGUGCUUGCCAUUUGUCACAGAUAUCAUCUACAACAAUAAAUAUGGAAGCACCAA